GUGCGAGAAGAAACGAGAUGAAGGUGGCAGUGAAGAGAAUAAGUAAAAUAAGUAAAUAAAUAUAAGGGAUGUUAUAAAACUUUUGACUACGUUUUGGCUUCGUUUAAAUUUUUCUUUGAUGCAAGAGUGAAUAUUUUUACAACUAUGGACAUUUUUGUAAUUUUAAAUUUGUAAUAAUCUUUAUGUUUGAUGUGUUUAAACGUUUGAACAAAAUACUCAAUUCUGACAAGGGAAACUGAAGUUGGUUUUUAGCUAUUUUGAAAUUAGGCUAUUUGAUACAAAAUGGUGUGCGAAAAGUGUGAGAAGAAACUGGGAAAGGUUAUAACACCUGAUCCUUGGAAAAGUGGAGCAAGAAAUACUGUUGAGAGUGGUGGUAGGAAAGUUGGAGAAAAUAAAGCCCUGACGGCUAGCAAAAAUCGGUUUAACCCUUACACCUCCAAAUUUGAAACUUGUAAAAUAUGCAGACAGAAGGUGCACCAAGUGGGGUCACACUAUUGCCAGCCCUGUGCUUACAAAAAAGGCAUUUGUGCUAUGUGUGGAAAGAAACUAUUAAAUACUAAACUGUAUAAACAGUCAUCUGCAUGAAGUGAGUUAUUGUAUAGCUCGACAAGUAAUAUCAAUGAACUUUUGUUGAGUACUUCCAUUGAAAUAAAAGUGUUAAGUUUAUCAGUAAAUAAUUAUAUUGAAAUUUAUUUGUAUAUAGGUCUGUGUACAACUGAAAGUACUUAUUAAUAACCAUAUAUAUGUAUACAUGUACAAUGAUAUGUUUGAUAAUUUUGUAAAUAAAGUUUCACUUUAAGUAUAAA